GGAAAUUGGUCCGCCGAGAACGCACGUGUUCUUCCAGCUGUGGUCCUGUGGUCGUAAAAGGUUAGAUUUGCAUGAAUCUGCAUUCAGCUUCCGAUUGUCCUGGGACGCACGGCUGGUGAUCGAGUUGCGUGUGUGCCGUUGUUCAGGAAUGGUUACAAUUUAGCUAGUGCUGCCACUGUAUCGGAAGAUCUCACCGAAGACGUGAUCUGUGUCAUCUCACCUGUGGUCAGUGUGCUACAUCAUCGAGCGACAGAUACCGAAAUAUUUCUACCAUUAAGAUACCAAGACCGUAUAGUUCCCGCUGGUGCCGAUUUGCAACAUGGCGUACACAGCCCGACUACUGCACACUGUCCUCCCCGUACUACUGUUCGCAUUGACUGGUUUGUCAUCGGAUGCCUUGGCCAGCGUAUUGAAUCCUCUUGGAACACUUGAAAAGCGGCUAUUGGGCGGCUCCAACAACUCCUCCAUCAACGGGGAGGGAAAUGUUUACGGCAAAAAGUAUAAGUUCUUCUACAUCGUUCCAAGUCUAGAAAUAUUGAAGUACACACCAGCCGCUGGACACAAUAAUUCUCGUCCAGCACCAGCCGGUUUAGUUCCAAACACUCAACGCAACACAUCCCAAGCGCAAGAUGUAUUGCUGCUAGCUCCCUCCUUUGUAGCUCUCGGCGAUGGGACAUCUUCAAGGAGGCUUACCAAUUCCGACCAGCGCAGACUAUCCGUCGAGCUACACAAGCUGAGACAUUUUGCCACGAUUGCAGGUGUACAACCGAACGGUGCUAGUGGACAGCGACCGAAAUCACGUCCUGUUGAGCUGGGGGCGUUCGCUACCCAACAUCACGCGCAAGAAGAGCGACGCUCGCAAUACACGUACCGUUCGUUACCAUCGGAUACAUACCAUAGCUACAAGUCCAACCGAUACUACAUCUACACCGACCCUGUACGGCUGCGUGGGGACACCGGUGAACGUCACGGACACCGACUGGAUCCAGUGUCGGAGAUGGACGGUGACAGUGAUAAAAGUCAGCAGUCGAAUGAAGAUUCUUCCGAUGAAGCUGUGCGUCCGGAUGGUUCGCUUGUCUAUCACCGACAGGCACGAUCAUUCAACGGUUCGGAUGAUGUACCGGAGCGGCAGAAGAGUGAUCGGUUCAAGCGCCGUAGUGCGGUCGAUGAUAUGUUGAGCAAGAACAUUACCAUUAUACUGGAGAAUCUUCUUAAGCGUUACGAAAACUCACAAAUGCCAACGCACGGACAAGGUGUUCCAACCUUGGUGGAGACAAACAUCCUCAUACGAAGCAUGGGUCCUGUUUCGGAGCUCGAUAUGGAUUACUCGAUGGACUGCUACUUCAGACAGUACUGGCGUGACAAACGGCUCAGCUUCCGCGGUCCAAUCAAAAGUCUCUCGCUCAGUAUUAAGAUGUUGGAGCGCAUCUGGAGACCUGAUACAUACUUCUACAACGGCAAGCAUUCGCACGUACACACGAUCACGGUUCCGAACAAACUGUUACGGCUCAGUCAGGACGGUGAGAUACUCUACUCGAUGCGGCUUACAAUUAAAGCCUCCUGUCUGAUGGAGCUGCGAAGCUUUCCGAUGGAUCGCCAGUCAUGUCCGCUAGUGUUGGGAAGUUAUGCGUACUCCCGACAGCAGUUAGUAUACCAGUGGAAGGAUGAAGAUUCGGUCAACUUCGUACCGGGCAUGACGCUCAGCCAGUUCGAUCUGAUGAGCUUCGGGCAGAAGAACUAUACGUUCAUUAGACGUGAAGGUGAAUUUUCCGUCCUGCACGUGUCGUUCAACUUGCAGCGCCACACAGGCUACUUCCUCAUACAGGUGUACGUGCCGUGCAUUCUGAUCGUGGUGCUAUCCUGGGUGUCUUUCUGGAUCCAUCGCGAAGCGACGAGCGAUCGUGUCGGACUAGGAAUAACAACAGUGCUGACACUGUCUACCAUCAGUCUUGACUCGCGCACCGAUUUGCCGAAGGUACGGUACGCUACCGCUCUGGAUUGGUUUCUACUCAUGAGCUUCUUCUAUUGCAUUGCGACCCUGCUUGAAUUUGCCGGUGUGCACUAUUUCACCAAGGUCGGUAGUGGUGAGAUACCGCUGGAUGAGGAAGAAUGGGAAGAUAUGGAGGGUGUGGAAGAGAUUCGGGACUUACCAUCACUGCAGCAACAUCUCAGUACAGCCGCAGCAAUCGAAUCGCCCCGUCUGAUUGCUGCCCGCCGUCGGAGUUCCUUAAUCUGUCCAAUCUACAACGAUCCGACCCACAUGUUUAAGCCGACCUCCUCACAUCUCUCGACGAUGGAACGCACCACACAAACCGAACCACCCAAGGAACCGACAUGGAAACAGGUGUGGUUAUGCUUCCUGGGUGAUGAUCAGUUUCGACGCCGCCGCCAGCGAGAAGCAUCCGCCCGAGGAGGCGGCAAUCGGCACGUCAACAGUGUUUCGCUCAUCGAUCAAGCGGCUCGAAUUCUCUUCCCUAUGUCGUUCACUUUCUUCAAUAUUCUCUACUGGCUGGUGUACUACACCUAUCAAGCUGACUUCACCUGGACUCCAUUGAAAGAAGUUUAAAGAUGUAAUGAGCUUUAUCCUCAACUAUCAACAAUUAUUCCAACAUGAGCUGUUCUGUUGACAAGGUUGCCAAUGCGGAUCUGCAAUCUACAAGUACAGGAUGUAAAGGAUACGUUUCAACCGGCCCCAGAUAAUAGGAAAUGCAAUUGCAAUAGUAUAACAAUCCCUCGGGCUUUCGCUAGAUUGUGUAUUGGAUUUGUGCCUAAAAGUAUGCAAUUAUCCUUUUACAACUAUGUACGCCUUCGUUCUUGCUCGGUAACAAAUAUAAUUGCAUACCUUCAGGCUACACGUACCAAACCAGACGGUAAGCUGGCCUAAUUCACUUAUACUGAUGGAAUAGUUGUUAAUUGAUAGUAACAUAGUGCAGUCAACUUAUAAUGAAGCGUCCGUCUCUCAUCAUGUCACCAAGCACAACAGGUUUCCUGCUACGCAAGCAAACAGAAACGGUUUCAACAACGAAACAGAAUAGUGGUGAAGUUAAAAUAAAUGUCCACAAAUGUCACCGAAUCCGUCAUAUGUACUUCUGAAAAAAUAGUGAAACAAAGUGUGUUCCCGGCUGAACAUAGAACAUUUUUUUUGCAAAAGAACAACUAAUAAAAUGGCGAGUGUUUCAGUAGAUCUACUUAA